CAAUCAUCAAACACAUCAAAUUCCAAUAUUACUCUUUCCUCUCUAUUAGUAUUAGUUUUGUGAUUGACCCCUUAAGUUACUGAGAAACAUGAGUGUAGAAAUACUAGAUGGUGCCACCAUUAUAAGUUUCGUGGAAGACGAGGAAGCCUUCAAUGUGUCUGUGAAUGACCUUUUUGCUCAACUUGACACGGACAAGGAUGGUCUUCUUUCCUACGGUGAGAUGUUGAAGGAGUUGCAAAGCCUGAGGGUGUUUGAGACCCAUUUUGGCAUCGAUGUGAAGCGUGACCCUGAUGAGCUUGCUCGUGUUUAUGAGUCUCUGUUCGUGCAAUUCGAUCAUGAUUUGAAUGGGAGAGUUGAUAUGCAAGAAUUCAAAGAGGAAACGAAGCAGAUGAUGCUUGCAAUGGCAAAUGGAUUGGGCUCUAUCCCAAUUCAGAUGGCCCUCGAAGAAGAUAGCCUCCUCAUGAAGGCUGUUCAACGAGAGUACUAUCCUAAAAUUGCUGCUUAUAGAGCUUAGUAUAUCAUCUUUACUCAUAUGUUUCAUUCAUGUGUUGUCUUGUCAUCAGUGCGUUUUUUUUUUUUUUAAUUCCUUUUACGUUUUUUGUUCAGUUGAGCACUUGUUAAUUGAACAAC